AUGUCAGUGCAUCCACUCCAGUUGCUGCGGACAUCUUCCAUCACUUCCGCUGCCGCUGCGCCACUGCUGUCACUGCCGCAGAAAACAAUGCUGGCAGCCUCUCCGCUACCGCUGCCGCAAUCGCCUCUACCACUGAUGCCUCAUCUGCUUCCACAGAAUCUUCAAAGGAUUCUAGCGAGGGAGGAAGACAAUUCAAGGGGAGGCGAAUUUCAAGGUGGACACAUCAUUGGCGGAAAAAUUGAUGCCGGCAACAAGGACGCCGGUGCGGAUGAGGAAGAGUCAUCUUCCAACGAUUCAAAGGAUUCCAGUUAA